AUGUGCCAGUGUAUUGUGUUGGGUGACGAUGUGCAAGUGGUGGAUGAGAACAAGCCCUUUUAUUCAGACAGUGAUGACUCGGGUGCUGGAAGUGACAGCGAAAGCAACCGCGAAAGCAACAGCGACAGUGAGGUUGAGCAGGCCAUGCCUGUGCAGAUGGACGCAGACCAUCGACUGCUUCUCAACUCAGUCAAACCGCUGUUGCUCAGUCGGAACAGCGGGGUGGUGUUUGCUGUUGCUCAGCUGUACUACUACCUUGCCCCUCGCCUGGAGACAGCCUUUGUAGGACAGGCCAUGGUGCGGUUAGUAGGGCUACAGCGGGAGAUAGCCGCCACAGUACUCUCGUCCAUUGUGACUAUGAGCGCCACACGGCCGCAGAUGUUCAGUCCUUAUCUCAAGAGCUUCUUUGUGCGCGAUGACCCGGUGUCUGUGAGUCUGGCCAAAAUCACGGUGAUGGUCAAUCUCGCCUCGGAAACAAACAUCUCUAUACUCUUGAGCGAAUUCGGGUCCUACAUCCGUAGUGUGAAGACUGAGGUGGCCUUGGCUGCCAUUGAUGGCGUUGGGUUGUGUGCGCAGAGAUUGCCGUCUGUGACACCCAACUGCAUACACACACUCACCCCCUUCUUAUCCGCUGGCGAUGAGACUAUUGCUGGUCAGAGUAUAGUGGUUAUUCAGCGUCUGUUGCAACAACCACCGCCGUCCACCACUGCGACACGGCCCUCGGCGCAUCACUCGAGCGACAGUGACAGUGACAGUGACGACGAUAACAGCAGGAAUCAGCAAAGGAUAGACGAAGAGCAAGCGGAGUACAGGGACUCGGUCACCCGAGUCAUCCGGUCCUUAGCCAAGCUGCUGAUGAAAGGGCAGAUCACUGUGCCCACAGCACGUGCGAGUGUCACGUGGCUGGUGGGCGAACACGUCAAGCAGUUGCCCAAACUGGGACCGGAUGUACUACGGCUGCAAAUGAAGAGUUACAUCACUUUGAGCAAGGCGGAAAAGCUGCAGGUACUUAACUUGGCCAGUAAGUUGUAUCUAGUGAGGGCGAAGAGGUCGGAACGGUAUCUCAAUUACGUGCUUCUCUUAACCAACUAUGAUGCCGACUACGACUUGCGAGAUAAGGGCCGAUUUCUGAGAGGUAUAUUGGGAAUGAAAACCAAAGGGAUAGAGCCCGGCCGUCUCGCGGAUGUCCUGCUGUGCAAAAAGCCUGCACCUGCGCCACCAGGAAAACCGACCAGAGACGAGUUCCAACUGGGCACACUCUCGCAGGUGUUGGGUAAGCGUCUCCAUGGUUACCAGCCUCUACCAGACUUCCCGUCAGUAGCCCCAGACCCCACCCCCCGACAAGUCACUUGGGACCGUGGAGCUACAGAGACCUCUCUGUCGGGCAAAUCAGGUGGCUUUGGAAUGUUCCCGAAGUCCAGCAAUGGCUUCUUGAAUGCGACUCCUCGCACGGAUUCAGUUGGCGAUGAACGUCAACGAGACUUCUAUUCGUCGUCUGGAUCGGACUCGCAGACGAAUUCGGAUUCGGACUAUUCCAAUAGCAGCCGAAGGAGUAGCUACAGUGACAGUGGCAGUGACAGUCGGAGUGAUGGCGGGCACAGCACCGACAGCAGAGGAUCCGCCAGACCUCACAGACACAACAGGCGAGCUGCAAGCAGUAGCAGCAGUGGAAGCCAAAGCGAGGACUUUUACUCGUCAUCGUCAAAUACAGACUCCGAUAGCAGUUUACCAGGACGCUCCGCGAAGACUAAAAAGGCCUCAAAGAAGGCUAUUCCGGAUACAAGAAGUGAUUACACAGAUAGCGGCACCGAUAGCGGCUCGCAAUCUGACACUGGUCUAUAUCGCUAACUGGCAGUCCUGAGUCAUAGAAGCACGUGCCAGCAUCCCCUACAUACACCAUGGCCCAUAUAUCACGUGUCGCUAUUCUACAUGUAUGGCUGGCAUCUCUGAAUGGGCCGAAUCCUGGGCUCUGUGGCUUGUACUAUCGCUGUAUGACAUGGCGAGCAAUCACACGCCCUUGCCGGCGGUCACGUUUUCACGUGCGCAGUGUUGUACGAGAUUGUGCUACUCUUAUGCGAGAUGGGAGGAUGAUAUCGUGCUGUAGUUGCAGAGGGGAUUUCAGCCUGAUAGCUAGCUACAAUGGGUAUCAUAUUAGCGUAGAUUCAGAGAAAGAUAUCUCUCGGUGGCUACAAAGAGAAUCAUCUUACUGCAGUUUCAAAAUCAUUUUACUGUAGUUUCAAAGAAAUAUAUCUCUCUGUGGCUACAAAGUGAAUCAUCUUACUGUAGUUACAUAAUCAUCUUACUGUAGUUACAUCUCUGUGGCUGUAAAGAGUUUCAUCUGCUAUGCGUUCUACCCUGAGUAGCGGGUGGCGAUGGGAUGGUGACACCUCAAUCUCGAUUGGAAUAAUUGGCAGUAAACGUAUGUUGUCCUUGAGCAGACUUGCCUGACCUUGAUUACAAAGCAGAAGGGAAAGAGAUCGGCCAGAUCUUAUCACUUGAACUUAAAAAAAAUAGGUUAUUGGUUCGAUAAACAGAAUGUUAAAAGUAGACGCGUAUGCAUCUACAUGACAGCCAUCCAUUCUAACCGUGCUCUCUGGGAUCAAAUAGACUGCGAUUAAGUAUCAAGCAUGCAGAGGGGUGAAUAAAAGUGACCACAUAACCGAGUACAGCCAACAACCCGAAGCAACAUCCACCAUGGCAGUAGGGUGCUCUGCUUUAUUUAGUGUCGCACAUUGCCUGCGGUCGUAUUCGCACAGUCAUUCCUGUACGUACGCGCAUGUUCUUUUGUCCCCCUUACAAGCAGCCGCUGGUCCACCGUAUGCGAUUCGAGCCACUCAAUGAAUCCUUCUUGUACCGAACUAUCUACGGGCUGUGAGAAGACGGAGUGUACUACUCAAGCCUGGCUGUGUAUCAUUCCGCACACGACUCUCAAGUGGCCAUUUACGAAUACAACCCAUACUCAACAACAAAGGUUGUCACGUGCUUGCUUGACAACACACCCAUCACGUUUUUGUGAGUAUCCAUAUCGCGUGCACUCCUCAAAUGAGAUAUAGUGCAGAGAGCAGAUACUCGCAGAUGGCUGGAUUAUGUUCGCCUCCAGUGUAUUCUCGAAUGCUCUGCACCUGCUACUUGCGCUCACAAAGACACUUCCUAUGCGUUUAUGCACAGCUACAUCUCUGGUCUAAAGUGUCUAAAGUCCCAAUUCCGGCAUAAGGUGUGCACCGCAACAGAGCCGUAUCGCGGAACCUUAACACCAUACAUAUCUAUGUACGCAUCACGAUAUCG